AUGCAAAGAGACCAAGGCACCAAGAAUAUGAUCCACUGCAUCAAAGUGGGAAUCUCCUUGGUUUUGGUUUCACUCCUGUACCUCUUGAAUCCUCUCUUUAAGCAAGUUGGAGAAAAUGCAAUGUGGGCUAUCAUGACAGUUGUUGUCAUGUUUGAAUUCUCUGCAGGAGCAACACUUGGAAAGGGCUUGAACCGAGGAUUAGGAACUAUUAUGGGAGGAGGACUAGGUUGCUUAGCAGCAAUUUUUGCCCAAGGCAUUGGGAAUGGCAGGGUUGGCAACUCCAUUAUAGUCGUCGUGGUUUCUGGCAUACGUGCGAAUGUGAAAGUGUGGGAAUUAGCCCGCGAACGUCUCUUGAAUAUACUGAUGGGCUUCAUCGUGUGCGUUUGUGUGAAUUUGUUCGUCUUUCCUUUGUGGGCCAGUGAUGAACUUCACGAUUCCAUAGUCUCCAGAUUCCUUGACCUUGCCAAUACAAUUCAAGGUUGUUUAAGCGAAUGUACCAAAACGAUUAAUGAAAAGGAAAAUCAACCCCGUGCUAGCUUCGACGUUUGCAAGUCGGUGUUGAACUCCAAGUCAAAGGAUGAAUCAUUGGCAAAUUUUGCAAAAUGGGAACCCUGGCAUGGAAAAUUCGGAUUUUCCUACCCUUGGGGACGGUACUUAAAGAUUGGGGAGAUUCUUCGAGAAGUGGCUGCAUUUAUUCUUGCAAUGGAUCGUUGCCUUGCAGCAUCAAAUGAGCCCAUGGCCACUCUGAGAGAAUCACAAUGGGUUCAUUUAGAAACGUGCGAAGCAGUUAAUUCAAAGGUUGCGCGUAUUCUGACAGAACUAGGAGACAGCAUGAAGCAAAUGAUGAAAUGUGAUGCAAAGGGUAACGUUUCGGACCAGUUGAAAGCCGUGAGAGAAGAUUUAAGCUUGAUCAUUUCCACGUCCAAAAUGGUAGAACUUGAGGAUGGUCAAGUGCUAGCCAUUGCUAGCUUCGUGUUCUUGGUAAUGGAAGUGGUAGCGAAGGUUGAGCAAUUGGUGAGAGAGGUGAAGGAACUCGGAAACAUCGCUGGUUUUCGCACCCCAAGACCCCGUUAUGUGAUACAAUGA